AAGCCAUAUCAAUUUUAGUUGGUUAUUGCGGGUCCUUUUUCCAAGAUCCAUAGUAACCAAGUAGGCCUUAAAGGCGAUGGUUUAAUUAAUUAUAAUAAAUCAUAAGCUAGGUUUUAGUUCAUUUCAUUAUCCAAAUUCUAUAGGGGUAAGUUAUAAGAGUGUUAUUACUCAACAAAGCAUUCAAAGCAGAAUGUAGAAUGUAACAUUACAAGUCAAGAGUACCAGGGAGACCAAUCCAUAAUAGAAUCCUUCGUGGGCGGUCCAGAAACCUAGCUUGCCAUGCAGGCUCGUCAUUCUCAUAUACAAAACCACUUUUCAUGUACAGUUUCUUUGCCGGCUCAUUGUUGACAGCAACAUGAACAUACAGAUCAGUUAUGCCUGAAAUGAACAGUGUAAAUUUGCAUACCAGGCCACUUUUCUAGUUGAGAUAAUGCCAUAUCAUAAAAAAAGGUAGGUAUAUGAAACAAUUACUGCAAUCCACUAAAAAGACCAGGAUUUAGAAAAUAAGAGUAGCAUAUGAAUUAUAUCCAAGAAUGAAACAUAUGCAUCAUGAUUCCAGACUUAGAUGGCAAGCACAGAAGAAAGGGAAGGAGGGGAGAUGGCAAUGGCACAUGGGAUAGGCAAACUCUACUCAUCCACUAAUGACAAGAAAGUGGAGAGCUUAGUAUAACUGACCUCAGACAAAAAAAUAAAAUAAAUUUAAAAAAUAAUAAUAAUAAUAAAGGCAGGAAGGAAAUUGAUUUGCCCCAUAGGUGGGUGAAGCGUAUGGACAGAAAUAGUUUUAUAUCAUUAUCAGAUUGUGGAUUGUGGAUAAUGAGAUAAGCCCUUUCCAAGACAACCAAAAAAGGGUAACAUAUAUAUGGUGAAUUCCAGGAUUCAACAAGAAUAGUCAAACCACAUUCAAGGUUAACAAGGAAUAUGGAUUGCUCAUGGACUCAGGAGAGUACAGGCCAUAUAUAUGAGAUAGAUGGUAUACAUGACAGACAGGAAACAAGAGAUUUGCAACAUAGUGGUAUUAAGAAGCCAUUACCCCAUUCUUCAGCAACUAUUUUUGACUUUUUGACAAGUUCAUAACCCAGUCCAUUUCUGUGCAGCUCCUUUGCAACACAUACAUUUGCCAAGUAUCCUCUUGCAAAAUCAGCACUAAACCCCUGUUGAAAUAAAUUCCUAGUGUAGUUCACUUAUGUUAUAAAAAAGAGUCCUUGAAGUACAGGAAAUAAAUAAAUAAGCAAACAUUGCAUGAGGAAAGUCAAUAUUGACAUCGAUUUAGUACCUCUGGUUUCUUUCCAGCUAUUUCAUCAGGAAGCCAAAGGCACUGGUUAAGAUCAAGGGUUCCAACUACUACUCUAUCUUCUCCAUUAUCAGUGAACUAGAGAAGAUGCAGGAGAAAGUAAUAAUGUCAGAUGUUAGAGAUUAAGUACUGGAUUUUGCGAAGCUCAAAAUGUCUCCUCUGCCACGAAAAAUAGCAGCAAAUUGGGGAAUAGAAGUCUUGUCUACAGACAGACUUUCUAGUUAGCUACAUUGUUUUUCAGUUUUUUGAUUUAUUCAUUCAUUGUACUCAGAACCCAAUAGCAACCUUCUGUGUUGCUUUGUAUCAUUGUGUUUUAGGUAAUAAAUUUACAUUUUACCA